GCUGCUGUAAACGGCGACGGCACUAUAAAGUCUUUCACGCAAGUUGUAAUGUUGCGUACCACAAUCACAAGCCACUCCAAUGGAUGAUGUUACUUUAUCUAAGAGACAAAAAUAUAUUCAUUGAGUUAUUGCGUUAUGAGCGUAACUGUCUGUCAGUGAUUUAAAUCUUUGGAUACGUGGGAGUAAACGAUGAUUUUAACGCACAGUGAUUUCUUCUGAGGAUUCGUUUCUCUCACACUCUCUCUCGUCUAUACACACCUUUCAUUUAGAGGAACCUCGGGCUGCGUUUAUCUCGUUCUCAUCACUUUUGGCCGGCUUGUCCAGUUUCAAUAAUGACGGAGAAAACUGCGCCCUGGUGGAGGUCCUUCGUGGGCAAGAGAAGAAAAGCGGCCAGAGAAUCGGCAGCGAUACUGGAACAGGACCUCCGCAAUCCGACAGUGGCGGGGUCCACACAGCACCCUACCGACCAGGACCAACGGAUCAAUUCACAUUCGAAAGAAGGAGGAAACUGCAUACCAAGUGAUGAAACAUACGACGACUCCGCCGUUCAGCCAACUUUCAGCGAGAGCUCAAACCGCCGCGUGCUCAGCGUGUCCCGUUCGGGUCGCUUCAAAGAGAAGCGGAGGACGCGCGUGAGUCUGCCGCAGAACAGUGACGAUGGGACACCUGCAGGACCCAAAACAACCGACAGCCAAUCAAAGCGCUGAUUACACCGGACAACAACAAACGGGAUUUUUAUCCGAUGGUAGAGCUAGAACACUAUGAAACGGAACUAGCUCAAAAUGAAGUCGAUAAUUUUGCCUGAUGAAUGCACUUAUUUAAUUUUGGGGAAUAGCUUUUUGGUAAGAGUAAUGAGUUGGGAGCUCAUGAUAUGAACAUGGUUCAAUUAACUACCCAAAAGCUGGACAUUCUUGAAUUUCAUUCUUGAAUAUUUUUUGUGAAGGAGACAAGUUUUGUCAUGUACAUUAUUUGCACUGUACACGUUUAUGUUUGUUUUGUGGUGUUACAUGCACUGUUUUAUGAAGGACUUUUAAAUUAGAAGGAUUUUGCUGGUUGCAUUUGCAAGCACAGCCUGAUUCUUAAUAGUUUUGAUGAUACAGAACAUUUAUAAAAAGUUAGGGAAGUGGUCCUAUCUGUCCAUCAGUCAUCAUAACAAAAAAAAAAGGUCAACAUACACAUGCCAUGAUGGGCAUACAUCAGAAGGGAAAUCAGAUACACGCCAUUGCCUAUUGUGUAUUCAGUUUUAUAGACUGCAAGACAAUAUCACUGAUACUGUCGAAUUGCACAACAGCAAUAAUAUUUGUGCUUAUCAGACAAACCAAAAAUUUUGACUGUAAUUUCAUAUGAAUUAAAAAUGUAAGUGAGUGUACAUAUGGAACAAAUGGGUAAAAGAGUAAUAUAACUAAAUGAAAAGCUUUUUGUGUACUUAGCAAACAGUG